GUAGUUUGACGUCAUCCAAUGACAGCUGGCUGUCAGAAGUGAGUUAGCAGCUAGCUAUCCCGGUAGAGAGAGCUCUUGAUAUUUGUUGUCUUUUUCGUGCCGAGGCAGAGAUCAGAGACACCGAAGACCCAGCCGAAGUCCUACGACUAAAGACAAGAGCCAGCCUUCAGCAAACCGAGCCCUCUUUCCUGGCCUGGCCAUGGAUGAACAGGCAGGGCCCGGCGUCUUUUUCAACAACAAUAAUAACUCUGUAUUGCCUGGCGGUGGGAAAGGACCGCUGCACGAAGGCGACGGAGGGGAGGCGGCCAGGGCUCAGUACAGUAUCCCUGGGAUCUUGCACUUCCUACAACACGAAUGGGCCCGCUUUGAGGUGGAGAGAGCGCAAUGGGAUGUGGAAAAGGCCGAGUUACAGGCGCAGAUCGCCUUCCUGCAGGGGGAACGCCGGGGCCAGGAGAACCUGAAGAAGGACCUUGUGAGGAGGAUCAAGAUGCUGGAGUAUGCCCUCAAACAGGAGAGAGCAAAGUACCAUAAAUUAAGAUACGGCACGGAGCUGAAUCAGGGGGAGGUGAAGCCUCCCAGCUAUGACUCGGACGAUGUGAACGAGAAUGAGAAGGAGGGUCCGGGCCUGCAGAACCACCAGUUGCCCUGGAAACGGGGGCGACAGCUCCUCCGACAGUACCUGCAGGAGGUGGGCUACACGGACACCAUCCUGGACGUGAAGUCCCAGCGCGUCCGCACCCUUCUGGGCCUGACCGGACAGGGGGGGGACCGGCCCUCCAGCAGGAACCCGGAGCCCAUGGUCAACGGCACCGAGCCCGCCCUGCAAGCCGGCGACACCAUCGGGAAACCGGGCUUGUCGGACUCGGACUCCGUGCUGGAGGCCUUCAGGUUCAUCGAAACCGCCGCGGCCGAGUUCAGCGACGAAGACGAGGACGAGGACGGCGAGGGAAGGGACCGGUCCUUCACGGAAACAAUCAAGAGGAAGCCGGCGUCCUCCUCCUCCUCCUCCUCCUCUUCCUCGGCGUCGGCCACGCCCUCCCCCGCCGCGCCGGACGCCUGCGACGACCUCGACGCCGAGGAGGCGCUGCAGGGCUUCAGCUUCCUGGUCGGGUCCGAGGAGGCGGAGGGCUCGCCCGAUCCCAGGGGCUUGGGGGACGGCACGGACUGGGAGAAGGACGAGCCGGGCCCCGUGUCUGGGGCCUGGGACGUGGACCAGGGCUUGAUUACCAAACUCAAGGAGCAGUACAGAAAGGAGCGCAAGGGGAAAAAGGGGGUGAAGAGGCCCAACCGGUCCAAGCUGCAGGACAUGCUGGCCACUCUGCGGGACGGCGAGGACCUGCCCCCCCUGCAGCCGCCCGUCAACCCCCCCGCCCGGCCGGGCACCUCCUGGGCCAGCGAGCACGAGCCGGGCCAACCCGACGAAGUGGAGGCGCUGAUGUUCGCCCCGUCGCCAGCGAAGUCCUUCGUCAUGGGCAUGGCCGUGGACGCGGAAGAGGACAUGGAGAGCGAGAUGGGCCUCGGCGAGCUGGCGGGUCUGACGGUGGCCAACGAGGCUGACAGCCCCGCCUACGAUAUCGCCAAUAAAAACGACGCGCUGAGGAAGACCUGGAACCCCAAGUUCACGCUGCGGAGCCACUUCGACGCCAUCCGCGGCCUGGCCUUCCACCCGGUGGAGCCGGUGCUCGUCACCGCGUCGGAGGACCACACGCUCAAGAUGUGGAACCUGCACAAGACCGCGCCCGUCAAGAAGAACGCCGCGUUAGACGUGGAGCCCAUUUACACGUUCAGAGCCCACCAGGGCGCUGUGCUGUGUGUGGUGAUGAGUGCUUCGGGAGAGCAGUGCUUCAGUGGAGGUGUCGACGGGACCAUUCAGAGCUGGAACGUCCCCAGCCCCAACAUCGACCCUUACGAUUCCUACGAGGCCUCCGUGCUGCGGGGGGCGCUGUGCGGGCACUCGGACGCCGUGUGGGGCCUUGUGUACAGCGCCGCUCACCAGCGCCUCCUGUCCUGCUCCGCCGACGGCACGGUGCAGCUCUGGAAUGCCGCCAACAUCGGCCCCGCCCUCGCGGUCUUCAAUGAGAGCAGGGAGCUGGGCACGCCCUCGUCGGUGGACCUGGUGUGCAGCGACUCAGCCCACAUGGUCACGUCCUUCAGUAGCGGCCGGACGGGCCUCUUCAACAUGGAGACACGCCAGCUGAUCCUGAGCCUGGAGUCUGCCGCAGAGCCAGGCUCUCCCUGCCAGAUCAAUAAAGUGCUGAGUCAUCCCACGCUCCCUGUCACCAUCACCGCGCAGGAAGACCGGCACAUCAAGUUCUUUGACAACAAUACAGGAAAGCUCAUCCACUCCAUGGUCGCACAUUUAGAUGCAGUCACUAGCUUAGCCGUGGACCCCAACGGACUGUACCUGAUGUCUGGGAGUCAUGACUGCUCGAUUCGUCUGUGGAACAUGGAGACAAAGACCUGUAUCCAGGAGUUCACCGCGCAUCGUAAGAAGUUUGAGGAGUCCAUCCACGACGUGGCGUUCCACCCGACCAAGGCCUACAUCGCCAGCGCCGGCGCCGACGCCCUGGCCAAGGUCUUCGUGUGAUGCGGGCCGCCGCCACCGCCGGGGACCAAUAGAGAGGGGGAAUCAGGGCAGGGGGUGGGGCCAAGUGGUCAGGUGACCCCCACUCCCACCAAUGGGCUGUUUCCCUCUCUGCUCUCCACUGGCCUGCCGAGCUGUGCCGGUGCCGAGGAUCAGGCUCAGCUCAGGGAGGGACCAGGACGGCCGGGUGGAGGGUGGGUAAAACCAAGAGGGGAGGGGUACCUCCAUCCAGGCUGGCCUGGGUGUGACCGGGCAUGGCCAGAUGUGUUGCUCAGUGUCAAUCCCCCAAAGACAGGCACAGACUGUUGAUAUUCUCUAUUAAUCAAGGGGUCUCUCUCCAUCUCCCUUUGUCUUUCUGUCUCUCUCUCUCUCUCUCACUCUAUCCCUCCCUGUUUCUCUGUCUCUUGCUCUGUCUCUUGCUCUCUCACUCUCUCACUCUCUCUUUUUCUCCCCCUCCCUCUUUCUCUCUCUCUUUCUCUGUCUCUCUUUUCCUGGAAGGCUCCUCUGAUUUGGUCUUAAGUGAGGGUGAUGGGAAAUGGGGAUGAUCCUCUCAGACGGUGUGCUGCUGCGCUCUCGCUCUCUCUCGCACGGGGCGAGGUUCGACUGUCCCUCUCUGGAGUUGGUUUGGGGUGAGAGAAGAACAGGCCGGGCACUCGCUCCACCAAGACCCCCCGUCUCCCCACGGCUGCCUUCGCUUCCCUUUUAAAAAGUUUUAAUGAAAAUGUGCCUUCGCUUCGGAUGGGUCUGCAGAACAAUCUUUUACCAAGCUUUUUUUAUUUUUAAUUUAAGGCGGAGAGUUCAGGUACCGUAAAAUACCAUAUGUCAAAAUUUGUAUGUACAAAAUUUGUGAUCGGGCUUUGGUCUUAAAUUUUAAGUAUGAGUUCAUUUAAAUGUCAGUUAGACUGUAGAACUCCAAAGGUUGCUAUCCACUGGAAGGGAGGGGCUGAAUGUUUCAGAAUGUGUACUGGCUGGUAGUGGUAUGUCCACUUUGGUUCUGCAGGAAACAGGAAGUGCAGACUGAAAUUCAUCUCAGUCCUUAUAGUACUACAGUAUACAUGAGAACUGGCAGUUUGAAUUUAGAGGUUCCCUAUUGCAUUGUCGGUCACACCUUUUUGUGGGUCCAGUAUUGAAAUAUUGCAAGUUGAGAAAACGAUUGUUGAAAAGAAAAGGUUGAAAUAGUACUAUUGUUGUAUUCUUGUUUUCAUAAAUGCCCCUGAUUAACCCAAAAGACUCACUGUAAGACUUGGUCCUCUUUCAUUAGUUUUAAGUGUAGCCAACUCUAUGGUAAUCGCAUAAACAGUUUUUUUUGGCCCAGAUGCUGAGCGGAAUUGUGAAGCCCGCCUUAUCGUACAUUCAGAGCCUCUCUGGUCUCCCGCCAUUCCCAGAAUAACAACGGGAAGUGCAUUUUCUCACAGGAAGUGCAUCAACGCUAAUGACUGCAUCUCUCACUGCUGCUAUUUGCCGUCAUAUGCUGGGGUCUCGGACUCGUUUCGUGAAACCAGGCCAAGUGUGUAAAUACUGCAAUAAUACAGCUCGCAGGUCGGAACGUGAACUCGAGUCAAGGUGCGGCCGUCGAACAUUUAGCUCAGUCCAGUAUCCGGCUGAAGUUUAAUUCUUUUAUAAAUAAAAGAAUUCCACAGACGAACAUGCAUCAUGUCUGCUCUAGUUUAACUCAUUGUAAUGUACACUGUGCUUCACGUACUGUACUCGUGGUAAGAAAUUAUAUAAAAGCCAGUUUUCCGUGUCCCUAGACAAACUGCGCCAGAGCUGGUUUGCAGUGAUAAAUUUUAUUUCCCUUGAUACUUAGUUAAGCCAAAAAGAUCGACUAUGACGAAAGCUGAUAGCAUAGCGUCUUAAUGCGUGGUAGAAGAGCGAUGGCUGUGUCUCCUGUGGCGUUUGAUAGAUAACCCUUAGCCACAAGGACACGGUGCGCGAAUCAGCCGGAGUGGCAGAAAAGUCGGAGAAAGAUUUUUUACAGAACUUAUUGCACUGUACCCUUAAAUCAGAGUGCUGUGUAUUUAUUGUGCCAUUUCUAAAUUGGUUGAAAAUAUGCAAUGACUAGCCGCUUGUAACUUUUGUACUUUAUGUUCUUUUGCUUGUCUAAACAUAUGGGUAGUACCGCCUGUAGAUGUUAAUUGCUGCUUGUUACGGAAAUAUGAAAAAUGGAAGUAUUUAGUUCCAUUGUUGCCCCCCGUGUGACUGUAGCAUCCUCAGGGGUGUGGUCAGGAGACGCAGUCUCAGAGUUGUCCCUCAGAGGAAAGAAAGCACAUGUAGCAAUUAAAUGUUGCUCCGUAUGUAAAAUUUAAAAACAUUGUUUUUUUUUUUUUUUUUUCUGUGGUUACUUGAAUCUCAAUAAUUAAAUAUUUGGGAUACUACUCGUAUUUUGCAGUAUGGUUGCAGAUUUUCUUUUUUCGUUAUUUGAUGUAGAAGCAUAAAAACCGAUGGUGUGCAGAGAGUUAGUUUAUUUUUUAGGAGAUAUCGUUUGUACAAUGCGAAGACCAGGGAGCGUUAAAGAGUCUGCCCUUCACUUAACUGUCUGUGUGCCUGUCUCUCAAGUGAUGACCGUGUGUUUGUAUGCAUAGUAAAAAAAAAUCUUUAAAUGAGUUUCUGGGGUUUCAGUUCUUAUUUUUAAGUAAUUUGGGGGGAAAUUUAGUUUUAUAUUACGGAAUGAUCUAUAUAUACAGUGAGCUUUUGGGACAAAGACUUUUUCUUUUCUCUUGAUUUUCUCUAUGUAGUCAAACAAUUCACAUGUGGUUAUUUUAUUAAAUUAUAUUUUUAUACAUUUUGGUUUCACUGUGUAGAACUUAUCAUACCCCCCCCCCCCCUUUUUCAUUGUCUUACUGUAUGAAGGAUGAAGUGCUGGCCAAUGAGUCUGGAGGCAUUUGCUUGAACUUAAGCAGAUAAAA